AUGAGGACUCUUGCCCUGCUUUCUGCCAUUCUCCUGCUGGUCCUUCUGGCCCAGGCUGACCCACUCACAGAAACAGUUGAUGUGGAGCCAUUCCAAGAUGAGUCUGGAAUAGAGGACCAAGAUGUGGAAGUCUCUUUUACAGAAGACAAACGCUCAGCCCAAGUUGCUUCAGACCUGACAAGGAGACGUACCUGCUACUGCAGAAGUGGAUUUUGCCGUGUCAGAGAAAAUCACAUCGGGAACUGUGGGUUUGGUAAUCUUGCUCUAAAACGGUGCUGCCGCAAAGACAAAAAAAGCUCAUAA